AUAAAAAAAUUAAUUAUAUUCAUCACCCAAAUCAGAACGAUACCGUCGGUAUCGACAGCGAUCGGCGACAGGGUGACGCAAAUCACAGCAGAUCGACGACAGACUGACGUACAAUAUAUAGCACCCAUGUCGCGAGAAAGAUUCAGGAAAGCUCUGUUACCUCCUGGAGCUGAGAAUAUUGAAAAGCUAAAGAACAUUGUAAAAGAAGGGAAUUAUUAUGGGGCUCAACAGAUGUACAAGACCACUAGUUCAAGAUAUGCUACAGUUGGAAGAUUUUCUGAAGCCUUUGAUCUUCUUCAGUCUGGUGCUUGUCUUCAAUUAGAACACGAGCAGGUAACUUGUGGGGGUGAGCUUGCUAUGUUGUUUGUGGAGAUGCUAGUGAAAGCUAAAGUUGACUUUGAUGAAGACUAUCUUGAUCGUAUCAGGAAAAUCUACAAAAAGUUUCCUCGGAUUCCCAUUCCUCAAAACUUGGACAUGGUUGAUGAUGAUGAUGCAAUCCAUCGAUUAUCUGAAACAUUUGGAGCUGCAAAAAUACGUGUUGAGAGCUGCUCAUCAUUUUUGAAAGCUGCUAUCAAGUGGUCUGCAGACUCUGGUCCAUGUAAGAUUGGAUCUCCCGAACUACAUGAUAUGUUGGCUGAAUACAUAUACUCCGAAUCACCAGAGCCUGAUAUGACUAGAGUGUGUUACCAUUUUGCGAGGGGUAGAAAUCCAAACAGGUUCGCUUCAACCCUUGUGAACUUUAUGGGCAAGUGUUAUCCAGGUGAAGACGACUUGGCGAUUGCACGGGCCGUUUUAAUGUAUCUUUCUGUUGGUAACCUAAGAGAUGCUAACAAUAUUAUGGAUGGGAUAGAGAAACUUGCUGAGGUCAAGGGGCUUGAAUUUCCUGAUUCAGAAUUGAUGCGAUUUAUCAACUAUCUCUUGCAAACGUUAAUGAGAGAUGCGUUGCCAUUAUUCAAUACGUUGAAACAAAAAUUCAGCUCAAGUAUAGAACGGGAUCCUAUGUUCAACGAGUUGUUAGAAGACAUUGGGGAAAAGUUCUAUGGAGUACGCCGUAAAAAUCCCUUACAAGGGAUGUUUGGAGAAUUGUUCAAGAUGUAACUUGAAACACACUUUUUUUUUAAUUAUUUUUUACAAACAUGUUGGAUUCUUAGGUAGUAUCCAGUUUCAACACCAGUCUAUCUUCUAUAUUAUGAUCAUCUAAAAUCUCAACUUUUGUUUAGUUGUAAAUCCUUUUAACUUGAUUAAUAUGUCAUUAUGAAUAAUGAAUUUAGCCUCCCCAUUGUGAAAGUGAAGACAUUUUCUAGUGUAUGAAAGAGUAAUAAAGCGACCAGGUUUACUCAAA